AUGAGGCAAUGCAGCAGAACAAUAAACGGAUUGGGGGUAUCUUGUUUCAGCCCGUGUAUGUGGAAGGAAUGCACUUCACGUAGAGGCAAACACACGAUUGCAAAAGGAAAGCAGGUGAUUACAGAAGAAAGGGAAGUGAGGAGAGAACCAACAGCUUCCAAGGCUAAUUUGCCUCUCCGGGAAGCGUCUUACAUAACUCGCAGCGUGAAGCGGUUUCUCACCACAUCGUCCAGAGACCGGUGGAACCGACGAGAUGUGAUUUGUCCAAGACAAUACGCACGGGAGUAUCGAAAUCGUUUCCAGAAGGUAAAUGAUGCCUUUCACAGUGCCGGAAAGAAGGGAAGAAUGUACUCAUUUGAAGCUAUAACGCUUCAGUUCAGUGGUGUGGAGUGGUCCUACUUAAUUCUCCCUGCAACCUUGGCACUGUUUGUCAUUGUUUUUAUCGGUAUUGUUGAGAGAAGGCGGCGGGGAGGGGAACUGUUGGUGCUUCAGCAGCAGGUGGAAGCAUGGGCUGCAGAGAGAAGCAGAAGCGACCCGUACCUAGAAACAGUUGGGAGUACAAGAGGAUGA